UGCCGGAACUUCCCAGUGUGACACCAACCGGAAGUAAACAAGCCGCUAGCAGCAUCGUUAGCUUUCCUCGUGUGAGGACGGAGCAGGAAGACGGUUGUGUUGUCGUCUCUCAGCUGAAUAUUUCAGUGUUUCAGCAACAAUGUCUUCAGUUCAGCAUCUGAGAGAGUUUAUCAGCGAGCGACUAACUGCUGCUGCUGAAGAAAUAUUCACAGAGUUUGAAAAAAACCAUCGUCCAGUACGAAGAAGAGAUCGAUCGUCAGCGCAGACUGCUGGAUAUCACCUGGAAUCCACAGAUAAAGUUAAUCAGAACAGUGGUUCCACAUCAAUAUGUCUACAAGGUGGAUGAAACUCUUCAAGAUGACCAGCAGCUGUGCAACCAGAACUCAAACCUGGACCAGGAGCAACCAGAGUCUGCUUGUAUUAAAGAGGAAGAGGAGGAACUCCUCAGCAGUCAGGAGGAAGAGCAGCUUUGGCUGAAGGAUGAAACUGAUCAGUUUUCAAUACCGGCUGCUCAUAAGGAAGAUGGUCACAGUGAUCCAGAACCAGACAGGGACCAUACUCCCUCUUACAGUCCUCCUGCAGACCAACAUUCACCUUUACAGGAAAGCAUGGUUGAAGACUCAGGACCAACAACGUGUGCAGAUACACUGCCAGAAAAGAGCUGUAUAACGGAGACAAAUGAGAACGUAGGAGAGUCCUUUCUGUUAGAAAGUCAUUGUAAUGAAAGAGAUGAGAAACAACAUUCCUGCAAGUUCUGUGGGGAACAAUUUAAAACGAAAAGUAAGUUAACUGUUCAUGUAAGAACUCACACAGGAGAGAGACCGUACUCUUGUCAAACAUGUGGAAAAUGUUUCACUAAAGCUCAUUUUUUGGCGUGCCACAUGAGAACUCACACAGGUGAGAAGCCGUAUUUAUGUCAAACAUGUGGAAAAUGUUUUGUUCGCCAGGAUACUUUGGUGCGCCACAUGAGAAUUCACACAGGUGAGAAGCCGUAUCCUUGUCAAACAUGUGGAAAAUGUUUCAGUCACAAGAGUGCUUUGGUGUACCACAUGAGAAUUCACACAGCUGAGAAGCCGUAUUCUUGUCCAACAUGUGGAAAAUGUUUCAGUCAUAAGAGUCUUUUAUGGCGUCACAAGAGAAUUCACACAGUUGAGAAGCCGUAUUCUUGUCAAACAUGUGGAAAAUGGUUCAGUCACAAGAGUCUUUUGGGGAGUCACAAGAGAAUUCACACAGUUGAGAAGCCGUAUUCUUGUCCAACAUGUGGAAAAUGUUUCAGUCACAAGAGUCUUUUGGGGAGUCACAAGAGAAUUCACACAACUGAGAAGCCGUAUUCUUGUCAAACAUGUGGAAAAUGUUUCAGUCACAAGAGUCUUUUGGGGAGUCACAAGAGAAUUCACACAGCUGAGAAGCCGUAUUCUUGUCAAAUAUGCGAUAAAUGUUUCAGUCACAAGAGUGGUUUGGUGAACCACAAGAGAAUUCACACAACUGAGAAGCCGUAUUCUUGUCAAACAUGUGGAAAAUGUUUCAGUCACAAGAGUGGUUUGGUGAACCACAAGAGAAUUCACACAACUGAGAAGCCGUAUUCUUGUCAAACAUGUGGAAAAUGUUUCAGUUACAAGAGUACUUUGGUGAACCACAUGAGAAUUCACACAGGUGAGAAACCGUAUUCUUGUCAAAUAUGUGAUAAAUGUUUCAGUCACAAGAGUGGUUUGGUGAACCACAAGAGAAUUCACACAACUGAGAAGCCGUAUUCUUGUCAAACAUGUGGAAAAUGUUUCAGUUACAAGAGUACUUUGGUGAACCACAUGAGAAUUCACACAGGUGAGAAGCCGUAUUCUUGUCAAACAUGUGGAAAAUGUUUCAGUCACAAGAGUGGUUUGAUGAACCACAAGAGAAUUCACACAGUUGAGAAGCCGUAUUCUUGUCAAACAUGUGGAAAAUGUUUCAGUCAUAGGAGUCUUUUGGGGAGUCACAUGAGAAUUCACACAGCUGAGAAGCCGUAUUCUUGUCAAACAUCUGGAAAAUGUUUCAGUUACAAGAGUACUUUGGUGAACCACAUGAGAAUUCACACAGGUGAGAAGCCGUAUUCUUGUCAAACAUGUGGAAAAUGUUUCAGUCACAAGAGUGGUUUGAUGAACCACAAGAGAAUUCACACAGUUGAGAAGCCGUAUUGUUGUCAAACAUGUGGAAAAUGUUUCAGUCAUAGGAGUCUUUUGGGGAGUCACAAGAGAAUUCACACAGGUGAGAAGCCGUAUUCUUGUCAAAUAUGUGGAAAAUGUUUCAGUCACAAGAGUGGUUUGGUGAACCACAAGAGAAUUCACACAGCUAAGAAGCUGUAUUCUUGUAAAACAUGUGGAAAAUGUUAUAGUAACAGGAGUGGUUUGGUGAACCACAAGAGAAUUCACACAGGUGAGAAGCCGUAUUCUUGUAAAACAUGUAGAAAAUGUUUCAGGCACAGGAGUGGUUUGGUGAACCACAAGAGAAUUCACACAGCUGAGAAGCCAUUUUCUUGUCAAACAUGUGGAAAAUGUUUUAGUCACAAGAGUGGUUUGGUGAACCACAAGAGAACUCAGACAGGUGAGAAGCCGUAUUCUUGUCAAAUAUGUGGAAAAUGUUUUAGUCACAAGAGUGGUUUGGUGACCCACAUGAGAAUUCACACAGCUAAGAAGCUGUUUUCUUGUCAAACAUGUAAGAAAUGUUUCAGGCACAAGAGUGGUUUGGUGAACCACAAGAGAAUUUACACAGCUAAGAAGCCGUAUUCUUGUCAAACAUGUAGAAAAUGUUUCGGUUACAAGAGUACUUUGGUGAGUCACAUGACAAUUCACACAGGUGAGAAACCGCAUUCUUGUCCAACAUGUGGAGAAUGUUUCAAACAAAAUGAUGAUUUAAAGUUCCACAUGAGCUCUAACAGAGAAUGUCAACAGCCACCUUCUAUAUGUGGAAAAUUAUUCAGUCUAAGUCAAGUGUCAAAUUUAAGACCCGCGGGCCACAUUCGGGUCGUGAAUGAACUUAAUGAUCUAAACCAUUCUGGGAUGUAAACAAUCAGAAGGGUUUUAAAGUCUAUUCUGUGACUGACUGGAAACCAGUGUAAACUGGAUGCCAGUGGAAAGAUUUCAAAACUGGUGUGAUGUGUUCAGAUCUCUUAGUCCUAGUUAAAACUCUAGUAGUAGCGUUCUCGAUGAGCGGCAGAUGUUUAAUGCUCUUUUUAGGAAGUCCUGUUAAAGACCAUUACAGUAAUCCAGCCUACUGGAGAUGAAUGCAUGGAUGAGUUUCUCUUGGAUACAAGCACCUGGAAACAAAGGCUCCAGAAGUAGAAGAGGUGUUAACCCUUUAGGCUCCAGAUUUUUUAUAAGGAAACUAAGUGAGAAAAAAGGUUGAAUAUGAACUAGAGUUUAAAUAGUAGCAGUA